AUGCCCACUCUCGAGACCCAUAAUGGUUAUCCCCUCUGGCUGUACAUCCCGAACCGCCCAGCAGCCGUGAUAUUCACCAUCAUUUUCGUUAUCAUCACCGGGUAUCAUACCUAUCUGCUGUUCCGUAGACGCCUUUGGUUUGUCAUUCCAUUUGUUGUUGGUGGAUAUUUCGAGGUCAUCGGAUAUCUAGGGCGCAUCCUGGCGUACGACAAAACCGGAGAGCUGAUCCCCUACCUCCUGCAAUCCAUCUUCCUCCUUCUCGCUCCCGUUCUCUUCGCCGCCACGCUAUACAUGACACUCAGUCGCGUCAUCCUCGCCGUCGACGGCGCCAGCUGCUCCAUUAUCCGGCCCAGAUGGCUGACAGCCAUCUUCGUGACCGGCGAUGUAGUCAGCUUCUUUAUCCAGGGCGGUGGUGCCGGCUUGCUCACCCAGGCCAAAAGCCAGGACGACUCCAAGCGUGGCGAGUACAUCAUUGUCGGCGGUCUCAUCUUCCAGAUCCUCAUCUUCGGCGUGUUCUGUGCCACAGCCCUGGUCUUCAACAUGCGCUUCCGUCGCCACCACCACUCCGAGACGUACCGGCACAAGCCCUGGCAGUCUGUGCUGGUCAUGCUCUAUGUCACCUCCCUGCUGAUCAUGGCCCGCAACGUCUUCCGUGUAGUCGAGUACGCCAUGGGUCACCAGGGCUACCUGCUGUCGAAUGAGUGGCCAGUAUACGUCUUCGACGGCACUCUCAUGUUCUUCACCAUGGCUUUCUUCGCGCUCAGGUACCCGAGCCAGCUGUACGGUGGGAAAAGGGUCGAGGCCAACAUCGAGCUGGCCAGCGGGAGCAGCGCCAGCACGCAGAGACACAUUGUAUGA